CUCGAUAAGCUAUAAUUACAUUUAUAAUAUUAUUAAUAAAUAAGGAAGACAAUUUGAAAACAAACGAAUCAUGAAAUAAUGUCUUUUGAAAAUUCCGGCCCCAUAUGUUUAAUAGAAUUGAAAAUUUUCGAUAAUUUACCAGGAAAACAACAUCACGAAAGAAACUAAUUUGAUAGAUGUUUGUCUUAAUUAGCUGAAUAAGGUUCAAGGUUCCCCAUAGCAAAUGUUACAGCACAUACGCGGCUACGGGUACACGUACGACUAACCAUAAUUUCAUUCCAUUCUUCUAUUGAUAUAAAUAUUCCUUUUCGUUAGACCGUGAUCUACGUUAUAUUGUGGCGCUACUGUGCCCAAAUAAUAUACCGGCUGUUUUCUCAUUGUUUUUCUAACCUCACAAUUUUAUAUUUUUUUUUUUCUCCUAUUCAAAGUAAUAAACACGGAUGAAGUUCUAUUAAGACGAAUUAAGAUCUUUAUGUGCUUUGAUAUGUACAUUGAAUUCGCAACAUUUCAAUAAUGAAUAAUAAAAGACCAAGUCCUAAUGACCAAAAUACUUUAUCAUCCAAACCAGUAAAAGCUAAUGAUGAAUAUCCUGGAAAUGCAGGACCAUCGACAAAGAAAAUUAAUGUACGGUCUAAUGCUCUUCUUGUCAGCCCAAAACAAAAAGGAAAUCCCUUGUUGAAAUUUAUAAUCAAUAUACCUUGGGAAUAUUCUGAUAUUGUACCAGAUUAUGUGAUGGGACAGACUACGUGUGCUCUUUUUUUAUCUAUAAGGUAUCAUCAAUUGAAUCCAGAUUACAUUCAUGACCGUCUUAAGUCAUUAGGCAAUGCAUAUAAUCUUCGAGUCCUCUUGGUUCAGGUAGAUGUUGCGGAUCCACAUCACGCCUUGAAACAUUUGACACGAAUAUGUAUCCUUGCUGAUUUAACGCUAAUGUUAGCUUGGAAUGCGGAGGAUGCAGGAAAAAUUAUAGAAACUUAUAAAAUUUAUGAAAACAAACCACCUGAUAUGAUAAUGGACCGCAGUGGAACUGCUCCCUAUCAAAAAUUGGCUAAUGCAUUUACCACAAUUAGGUCUGUUAACAAAACGGAUGCGACAACACUUUUAUCAACGUUUGGCACAUUGAAAGAUAUAGUAAAUGCGUCGACUAAUACUUUAACUUUGUGUCCUGGGUUCAGUUUUUUAAAAGCAGAAAGACUACAUAAAGUAUUGCACGAGCCUUUUUUAAAAAAUAAUUAUAAUAAAGUUUAGUAUAUAUUUAUUAAGUAAAUUUUUUACUAUUGUUAA